GUGUGCACCUCGCGCUUCUGGUUCAAUUACCGCCAUGUGUCCAACGCGCUCGCAGUCUAUGGCGCCGCUCGGGCCGCCGGUGUGCCUGACUCCCGUGUGCUUGUCCUGUUGGCCGACGAUGCUGGAUGCAAUGCCCGAAAUGUCUUCCCGGCGGCCGUCUUCGACCAUCCGUCCCUCAGCCGCGACCUCCUCGGUCGACAUGCGGAAGUGGACUAUCGCGGAUACUCGGUCACCGUGGAUGCCUUCCUGCGUCUCCUCACGGAUCGACUUCCUGCCAGUGUUCCCGCCUCGCGGCGCCUUCUCUCGGACUCUGCAAGCAAUGUCCUUCUCUAUCUCACCGGCCAUGGCGGCGAUCACUUCCUCAAGUUCCAGGAUGCCGAUGAGCUGACGGCCACUGCCCUCAGCGAGGCCAUCAUUCAGAUGCGUCUCCUUCAGCGCUUCCACCGCCUUUUCCUCAUGGUUGACACCUGUCAGGCCGGCACCAUGCUCGAGGGCCUGCCCAGUCCCAAGGAGGCGGCGGAUUUGCUCGACCGGGCCGGCUUGGCCGCGGCUGCACGCGACCCAACCGAUGGGUCUCUUGAUUUUGGUGUCAUUGCCGCGGGCAGCGCGCGUCGAAGCCAGAACUCCUACUCCAUUCAUUCCGAUAGUACCGUCGGUCUGUCCCUUUCCGACCGCUUUACAUCCAUCCUGCUGGAGUCGGUCAACAAGCUGAGCCCGAAGCGUGCAUCCCUCAUGGACCUG